AAUGGGUUGUUGCAUGAAAAGAAAGGCUCAUGUGGCAGCCAGUUCCAAUAAUCCAAGUCUUAGAUAGACUAAGAAAUUCGAUACUCAACGUUCUCGAAUUGAUGAAAUGAAGUCUGAAGUAUUUGAGAAAACAUUAUAUGGAAAUGAAGAUAACUAUUAUGAUGCAGAUGAAUUACGUUGCAUUGAUCGCAAUUAACUAUUAAGUCUUAUUAAAAGUGAACCCAAAAAAAUACGUUGGACUCCAGGAUAAGUGAUUGGGUAAGGUUCAUUUGGAAGAGUUAUAGAGGCAAUGAAUCUAGAUACAGGAUAAUUGAUGGCAGUUAAAUAGGUAAUGGUUGAUGUUAGAAAUGAAGAUCGAAUAAUAGCUCUUGAAAUAGAAAUCGAUUUACUUUCUUUAAUUAAUCAUAAGAAUAUAGUUUCUUAUUAUGGAAUGGAACGUACAGAAAAGACAUUAAAUAUCUUUCUGGAAAGAGUUGCAGGUGGAUCUUUGAGUUCAAUGCUUUAAAAAUUUGGUCCUUUUAAGGAACCUUUGAUUAAAGUUUAUAUGCGCUAAAUUUUAUUGGGAUUAGAAUAUUUACAUUAAAAUGGCAUAAUGCAUAGAGAUAUUAAGGGUGCAAAUGUAUUAGUUGACAAUUAAGGAGUUUGCAAAUUGGCUGAUUUUGGUAGCAGUAAGAAGAUUGCAUUAAAUAGCAAUAGCACUAUAUUUGGAACUCCUAAUUUUAUGGCUCCUGAAGUAGUAAAAUAAUAAAAAUCUGGGAGGAAGGCUGAUAUUUGGAGUCUAGGAUGUACUAUGAUAGAAUUGGCUACAGGUAAGCCACCAUGGCAUCAAAUAACAAAUUAAUUUGCAGUUAUGAUCAGAAUAGGUAAAGGUGAAAUACCAGAAAUUCCAGAAGGAUUUUCUGAAGAAGCCAAAAAUUUUGUUUCGCAUUGUUUAGAGUAUUUAAGGGAGUAAAUAUAUUAUUAGGGUUGAUGAACAUAAACGAUGGAAUGCUACCAAAUUAUUAAAACAUCCUUUUCUGAUCCAAUAGAAUAAACUCGAAAUUCCUUAAGGAAGGACUCCUUUACGUAAUACACCUGGAAGUAAAUCAAAAUAAAAAUAGAAAUCAUUUAAAUAUCCAGAAUAGGAAACUUCUCACUCUCCUGGUUAAUUAAAAGAAUUUGAUUAACAGCAAUCAGAUCACCUUCAACCUAUGAUUGAUAGUUCCUUUGUUCUCAAAUAGAGAAGAUAAUAGGAAUGA